CUGCCAAUCUGUUAAACAACUAAGCGCCUAGCUCAAUAAAAUGUAGAAAGCUUCCAAAAACAGUCGUAAAAUGGUUGUUCACUAUUUCCUCAAGACAGCUGUGCCUUUAAACGAGCCUACGGGCGUGACGGCGCGUUUAGAUGCUAGCGGAGAGGUCCAGACGCUGCUCACGACAACAGCAGGCGAAUUCUACCCGAUUCUUGGGGCAGACAACCGCGCUGGACUGGAGCUGGGCCCGUCGCUGCAGCUGUUUGAAGCCAGCGAUUCAAUAGAACAGCCCCGGAGACCGUUUGGUGGCCUGUCGAAGUGGGUCGGGUCGCCUACCUGGGAUGCGUUCUCGCACUCGGUCUUCUUCAUCCACGGCGGUGCCAUUCUCCGGCUGGUGGGCGAUGAAGUCAGUUUGGUGGCGGGAGACGUGGAGGAGCGCGGCGAGCAAGACGGUGUGGGACCGGACGCACUGUUCAGUGGACCCGAGUUCCUGGUGUCAGAUGGCGUAGGCUCGCUCUACUGUGCAGAUGAACGCUCCAUUCGCCGCAUCAUCCUUCCCGCCUGUUGGGCGGCAGCGGCGCCGCCGUACCCGGCGCCGUCAGACGCGUUGGCCUCGGCCACGGGCGUGGGUUCGGGCUCGGGCGCGGGUGUGUUUCGGAGUACGAGGUCCAGUCAGCUCACGGGCAGCGGCAGCAGCGGCAACACGCUGAGCAGCACCGGCAGCGCGGCAGAAGCGGGGACGGGCGAGGCAGCGACGGGCGCGGCGGGGGCGGGCGAGGGACGCUCGGCGACGGCGGCGCAGGUGCACGUGACGACACUGCCCUUUGCCGCCGCACACACCAUCUACGCGCUUGCCUACUUGCCUCCCGCACCAGUUAUCAACGCUGCCGCGGGCGCGAUAGCCGCCGGCAACGCAGCGGCAUCGCCGCCUCACACGCCGCCAGCAACGCCGGGGCCCGGGGCCGGGGCCGUCGGCACCGGAGCUGCCAGCCCUGUCGGUGGCAGCGCGGCCGCGGCCACUAUGGGGCAGCGGCAUGUGGCAGCAACCGCGGCCGCAGCCGCCACCUCGGCAGCAGGGCCGGGAAGCCUGUUGUUCGCCACGUCCACUGCCGUGUACCGGCUGCCGUUGCACGCGCUGUCGCCGGGGGCCGUGGCGCCAGCGGCGGCGGCGGCGGCGGCGGCGCCAGCGGCGGCGGCGGCGGCGGCGGGCGCAGCCACCAAUGCACCGCCUGGCGCCGCGCACCCGCACCCGCACCAGCACCACCAGCCUCCCCAAAGCCGCCCCAGCAGUCAACAACAACAACAUCAACAGCAACAACAACACCAACAUCAACAGCGGCAACAGCCGCCACUGGAGGCAACGUUGGUGUCGGGGCGCGAGGGCUCGCGCGGGGCAGUGGACAGCCCGCGCGGCGGCGACGCGCGCUUCACCGACCUAUUCGGGUUGGCGGUCGACGCCGCCGGCGCCGCUUACCUGGUAGACAAGCGGCCGUCAGUGGCCGAGGCUGGCAUUGCGCUGCUGCGGGUGGCGCCCGACGGCGCCGUGACCACGCUGGCACGCGGCCUGGCACGGAUGUACGCCCGGCCGUUCGUACUGCCUAACGGCUACCUGGUGCUGAGCUGUCAGUCCGACUGCCAACUGUACGUCUUGGAUCUCGGGAUCCAACCGCUGCCGUUGUGCGCGGGCGGUGCGGGCGGUGGCGCGCCCGGCGGGCUGGCGGGCUGGGUGGCGGCGGGCGGUGCGGGCGCGGCGGCGGGGCCGCCGCCCCGCAGCCUGCCCGCCGACCUGGGUGUGCUGCUGGAGGACGCGCAGCAGCCCGGCGGCGGAGGGACUGCGGACCUGGUCAUUCGCGUGGGCGAGCGGCGCUUCCACUGCCACCGCGCCAUCCUGUCCGCGCGCUGCGACUACUUCAAGCAGCGCCUCGCGGGCGACGGCUUUGCGGACGCGUACGCGGCGGAGCUGGAGCUGCCGGACGCGGACGCCGAUGCCUUCGCGCUGCUGCUGCGCUGGCUGUACACGGGGGCCGCCGACGUUCCGUCCGCGCAGGCCUGCGCUGUGGCUGAGCUGGCGGACCGGCUGCUGCUGCCGGAGCUCAGCACCGCGGCUCAGGCUGUGGCGCUCACCUGCAUCACACCGGCGAACGCUGUGGACUGCCUGCUGUGGGCGUGGGGCUGCUGCGACGAGGGCCGCGGCGGCAGCUUCGCCCACCUGCUCGCCGACUUGAAGCGCUGGUACGUGCGACACCACGAGGAGGUGCGGCGGCAGGCGGGUUCCAGCCGGCAGAAGCUGGCGGCAGCUGCGCCGGCGCUGAUGGAGGAGCUGAUGGACGCGGUGGUGGACUGGGAGCGCAGCGCGCGGUGGCGCAAGGCCUAGGCGGCGGUAGUAGCAGUGGUGGAAGCGGCAGUAGCAGGGGCGGUGGCGCAAGGUGUGGGCGGCAGUAGCAGCGGCAGCAGAGUCGCAGUGGCACAGUAGUGACACAGUGGCGCAGGGCGCCGCUGCAGUAGCAGCGGCGGAUGAGGCGAAUACUGGUGAUGAGUGACGGCAGCGGCGAAUGGUCAUGAACGGUGGCAGGGUGGCGAAUGGUGGAGGGGUGGUGUGUGGUGAAAGCACCAGAAGCAAUGGCUCCAUGCCUUUAUUUUGUCGUCGUGUUUGGUCAUGCUAGAAUGGGUGUUGCGAAUUGUGUCUUUGUCGUGUCUCCUGCAAAUACUGAAGAAAUGUUGCAUGCGUGGGCCAAUGGCCCCUCAAUCCUGAUUACUACUGCAUGCGGAUAAUGGUUUUGGUUUCGGUUGCAGUGUUCGGAAUCAGUUCUAGGUGUGUGCCUAAACGCAACAAACGGUACGGAAACGCAGAAUGGCGCCGAAGAUGCUGUAUGACUGGAAUGUGUCAGACGCGUGAAUUUGUACUGGUGUGCAGCAGGGGGCGGCAAGACAUCCAUGCAUUAUAUUAGGUCACUUAAGCAACUGAAGGCAGUGCUUGAUGAGUCUGGAGCGAGGCUUCAAAGGAUACCCGUGUCUGUGCGUUUCAGCGUCUGGCUUGGCGCGGCGUGGCAUGGCACGUGUACCAAGCAGGGGCGCCCCCUUGCUACACAUCAGCAAUUACACCCUGCAGAAGGGGUGUCUUAAAGUACGCUCGCCUUCUUUACACGGGUUAGCAAUGAUAUUGGAUGCGGAUGUUACAGAGGGGACAGUCCCAGCUCCCGAAGACGCCGAGCCAUCACAUGCUAUCAGGGCCCAACCCCGACUUUGCUGCAAACCCUCCCGCGGGCAAAGUCCGUGUGACUCCGCGCACAGUGAGUCCUAGCCAAGCCUCAACCCGCCAGAGCCCCACCGCUGUGCCUCAACGCCACAAGCCUAGGCACAGGAGUGCCGGGAAACGUCUAGGCCGCAGGACACACGCACAGCGCACGCACUAACCAGGGCGCAAGCGUCCAGGUACUAGAACGGUCGCCCACACGUGCAUCCUGCCCACACACAGAGCCACCAACCACGCACAACCUCUCACGGCGAGGGGGGCGGGGAAUCAGCGUCAUACGGCAAGCGCAAAACCAUGCCGUCACCAACAGCCCGAGACAUGAAGGGAUGCGCAAACGGCACAGCGUCCCAACCCUUUGGCCUGAUACCCAAAGUCACAAACGUCUGGAGACGACCCCAGAAGUGCCAGCCAUUGUAACGACUGAUGUGAUUUA